UGCUUUAAGACAAGACUUCAUGGAUAAAUAUGAAAUCCUUAAAAAAAUUGGAGAAGGAUCUUUUGGCAAAAUAUUCUUGGCAAAAGCAAAAGUGGAUAAUGAGCAAUGUGUUAUCAAAGAGAUUGAUUUAACUAAGAUGCCUGUGAAAGAAAAAGAAGCCUCUCAGAAAGAAGUCAUUCUUCUGGCCAAGAUGGAUCAUGCAAAUAUAGUAACCUUCUAUGCUUCUUUGCAAGAAGAGAACAAGCUGUAUAUUGUGAUGGAAUACUGUGAUGGUGGCGAUUUGAUGAAGAGGAUAAAUACGCAGCAUGGAGUACUGUUUGAGGAGGACCAGAUUUUGAGUUGGUUUGUGCAGAUCUCCUUGGGCUUGAAGCAUAUUCAUGACAGGAAGAUUUUACACAGAGACAUAAAAUCACAGAACAUUUUUCUUAGUAGUAACGGGAAGGUAGCAAAGCUUGGAGACUUUGGCAUAGCAAGACAGUUGAAUGACACUACAGAGUUUGCCUAUACGUGUGUAGGGACCCCCUAUUAUCUGUCACCAGAGAUCUGUGAAAAUCGACCGUAUAACAAUAAAACAGAUAUUUGGUCUCUUGGCUGUGUGCUCUAUGAGCUAUGUGCACUGAAGCAUCCUUUUGAAGGUAAUAGUUUGCACCAGCUGGUGCUGAAGAUCUGCAGAGGAUAUUUUCACCCAGUGUCUCCCAGAUAUUCAUAUGAUCUGAGGAUGUUAAUUUCCCAGUUGUUUAAAAUAUCUCCGAGAGAUCGACCAUCUAUCAAUUCUAUUUUAAGGAAGCCCUUCUUGCAGAAGCUUAUUCUAAGACAUUUGCCCCCAGAGGAAGAACUCAGUCACACUGUGAUACAUAGAAGGAGGCCUUCAGGAUCACUGCCUAAAGCCAAGAUGAUGCCUGUUUGUAAGCUUCAAAGAAGGAGAAUCCAGGACCAAAUUCUUCCAGGAUCUGGAAUGGUGGUACCUAUCACAACACAGGAAUUGUAUCAAAGAAAUGAAUGGAAGCCUUCUUCAAGAGGGCAACAGCUUCAGCCACAGAGCUCCAGAUUUAAGAUGGCAGAAAGGCCAGAAAAUAUUAGAGUACAUGGCCAUUAUGGUCAUUACUAUGAUAAACUCGACAAUUUGCAAAGGAAAAUUAAUGCAUGUUAUGACCUUUCUCACAUCAGCCAAAGAGCAGAGGAAUACUAUAAAUUAAAAGGACAAAUUGCACCUCCACCCCCCCCACCUGAAUGGCCUGCAGAAUACCUUCAAAGGCGCUUUGAAGCCCAGCAGUACAAGAUUAAAGUGGAAAAACAGCUGGGGCUGCGGCCAUCCUCUGCUGACCCAUAUCAUGAUCAAAUGCAGAUGCAAAAAAUAAAUGAGGAGCAUCUCAAAAUGCAUCAGCAGGACACGUCUAGAAAGAAUGAGAUGAAAGAACAGGAGUACCUGAAACAGUUGCAGAAAAUUCGUGAAGAAUACCAUAGCAAUAUGAAAGAAUUCAGAUUAAGAGCAAGAGUACACCAGGAGAAUCAAAAAAUACAAGAUAAAACCUUUCUGGUGAGUCAAGGGAAGGCUGAAGACCACUCUGAAACCAAAGAUACAGCUGGAAUAGGAGGAGAAUCACUUGAGGACAUGGAAGAAAACUUUAAGCAGGUCAGACUCCAGGACGGGCCAGACCAAAAAAAUCUAGAGAAGAAAUGCAGCAGAAAGGGAGGAGUAAAAUUUGAAAUUAAUUUAGAUGCGUGCGUUCCUGAAGAAGACAGCAUUCAAGAAGCAGAGGUACAGGAUGAACUCAAUGAGAUACCAACUUUUGUGCAUAGUGAGAAUCUUGAAGACAAAUUGUUGAAUGUUUAUGAAAGUCCUAUGGACAGGGCUAAGGGAGAAUUAUCUGGAUACCAAACAGCGUCCAGUGAUGCAGGUGAUACUGAAAAAAAAAGAAAGCAUUGGCAAGCUGGAACACCCCAGACACUACUGAAAUUUUUAGCCAAUAUUGAUACUUCAUCUGUAUGUCCUACUAUGGCUGAAAAUGAACUUUCUGACCAUGUUAUUCUGCCUGAAGACAUCACAGAAAACAGGAAGCAGUGGAAACAAACAGCUCCAGGGACGCUCCUGAACGUCUUAGCAAAAGCAGAGCUUUCUAAUGAUUCCUUCAUCCAGCUUGAAGAGGAAAUAGAAGAAAGCAAGGAAGACGAUUCAGAAACGUGUUCCUGUGUUGCUGUUGAUGAAGGCAGACUUGAGCCAAGAUCAGACGAUGAAGACACAAAUUUUGAAGACUCUGGAGAUGAGCUGAGACAUGAGCUGGAAGCAGCUUUGGAAAAAGUGGUAACGUCUUCAGCAGAGAGAUGCACAGAGUCUUCUGUGCUUUCAAUAAAUAAAGAUCAAGAUUAUGAAGGAAGUACAAGCUUACCUAGCAAACUACUCGACAAAUCUAAUGAUGAUUUAGAAAGUAACUGCAGGUCACUUUCUUUAGAAACAAAUAAUGAAAAAAGCAAGCAACAGCUACAUGACGCACAAGAAUGAUUACUGAUUCUAAACAAAAUUUUCCUGGAAAUGUCAACUACAUCAGUAAAAAAUAAUAAUAAAAACAGGUAGCUGUCAAUCAAUAAAGGUAAAUCAAUGGCUUUUCAAUAGCGUUAAACAAUUAAGAUGUUUUUUGACAUUUUUUAAAGGAAAAAAUAACAGGCUACUUUUUAGAUUACUACAUGUUGAAAAACUCCAAUCCAGAAUUGUGUAUAUAAUGCACUUGAUUAAUCUUAACUAUCUGGGACAUCUUUGACACUUGCUUGGGCAACCUUCUGACUGCAUACU